GAUCCAUGUGUCUCCUCCCGUAGACACGGCAGAGCUGUGAAGAACCACGCUAAACCCUCUUCGGACGUUGUUCUUGGCACUACCUCUCGCGCGUCUUCCGGCGCGUCUCCACGAUCAGAGCAGAAGCCCGCCGCCAGCUCCAGGUUUUAUUCAUCCCCGCUCUGGUUCCGCCCGCUAUGCUUACUGUGUCGCGAACUCCAUAGGAUUUAUUCUUCUCUUACACGACCCUGAACUUGCUGUUACAUAUCGACAGCGGCGUGCUGGCAGCUCGCCUUCCCCGCAGUCAUGGGUUAUAUCAAACAAAUCACCAUUCAAGGCUUCAAAAGCUACAAGGAGCAAACCAAGAUCGAACCGUUUUCCCCCAAAAGCAAUGUCAUUGUCGGCCGCAAUGGAUCGGGCAAGAGUAAUUUCUUCGCCGCCGUACGAUUCGUAUUGGGCGAUGACUACCACCAUAUGAGCAGGGAGGAACGGCAGGCACUUCUGCAUGAAGGCUCUGGCUCCGCCGUGAUGUCAGCGUACGUCGAGGUGUGCUUUGACAACAGCCAGGACCGUUUCCACACAGGUCGCCCUGAAUUCCACCUGCGCCGCACAAUCGGUCAGAAGAAAGACGAGUACUCCAUCGACGGGAAAAACGCGACCAAGGCUGAAGUGCAACAAAUUCUCGAAUCGGCCGGCUUCUCACGAUCCAAUCCAUACUACAUUGUGCCGCAGGGACGUGUGACGGCUCUCACAAACAUGAAGGAUUUUGAAGCUUUUGACGGAUACGGACAAUAAGCGCGCGAAGAUCGAUGAACUCGUUCAGGAAAUUGAGAAACGUCUUGAGGAACUCGAGGAUGAGCGGAAAGAGCUGGAGGACUACAACAAGAAAGAC